AGUGUUCUGAUCGAUUGAAGAAAAUGUUCCGAUCGCUAAAAGCUAAACAUGUGCACAUUGCCAUCGCUGGUCUUUCCGCGAUUGUUUCUUUUCUCAUUUUGGGUCCAAUUACUACGUGGGUGGAGACAUAUAAAUGCUGGGAAAUAAGUGUUUGGAAACACGUUUGUCUGCUGCAGAUCGCUGGUGGAAUGUUCCUCUUCAUUGGAGCCCUAAAGAAUAAUCACUUGCUAUUUUUGCCGUGGCUGGUGGCUGCCAUCAUCUUUAUUUACACACUCUGGUACAAGUCCUUCGUCUAUUUUAUUUUUCUGGAAGGCAAAAUGCUGACGGUGAUCCCCUUACUUCAAAUUAUCUCAGCCUUUUGGUCCUAUUUCGUGUAUGAUGUCUUCCAGGACUUUCUCCAAAUGUAUGGUCAAUCCAUUCGGCAAAACUCCAUAAUCGAGUCGUUGGAAACGGGGAAUUGAUGUGCGUUUUUAUUGAGCUGAGUGUAAAGGCAAAUAAGUGUGAACAUUGCGGUCGGUGUGUGUGUUUGCUUGGGGGUGUAAGUGUGCUUUUGUAGCCAAAAGUAAAAUAAGCGUUAAAAUGUCUGCUAACCCAGUGGAAGCGACGGGUGUGUGGGUCUGUUUGUGGGUCUCUUCUGGGGCCUUUGCGGUAUCGUUGCAUGCGUAUUGCAUUACCAGACCUGCACCCCUCCCAACCACCCCCUCUCACCCUUUUUUUUUACCACCCCCUUUGGCACAAAGUGGCGUAUGAAUAGAUACAUGUUUUGUUGCCUGUUUUGUUUGCCCCCCCUCCUUUCUUCCCCCUUUCCGUCUGUCUGUGGACUGGUUGUCGUAAUCCAACAAGCAGACAGGUUAAAUACACCGCAAGGACAGACUCGCACACACACAGGGGCUGCUGCAAAAAAAGUGUGACAAAGAUGGUGGGGAAAAGUGGCGGGAAAUGGGGAAAAUUCCGGGGAGCGACUCGAGCCGCGAUUCGGUUGGGAGACGCAGACGCAUCCAAACAAACAAUAAUCAUGCAACAAUAGUGAGAGCCGCAAACAAAUUGCUUUUCUAUGUAUAUGCUGGUGUAUAGGGAUCUGUCUGCACGGGGGAAAAUUAAGUUAUUUUAUAUUAUUUACUCAAUACUAAGAAUGUAGUAUAAGUUUUGUCAAUAUUUGAAAGAAUCAACAAAACACACAUUUUAUUAAAAUACAUUUAAUUAGUAUAAGCAUUAGAUUAAAAUUCCUCAUUAGUCUCUAAACGGAAUGUGCAGAUCAAAUUAACAACCAAUUUCUAAAAAAACCAACUGAAAUUCUAGAGUUAAAGUUAACCUUUUUAACUUAAGCUAAUUAUUUGUAAUAAUUUAAUGCCUAAAAAAAAAUAGUCUUGUCCCAUAUUAAUAAAUAAAAGUACAGCAAAAUAGUUUAA